UAGGAAAUUACGAACCCUAUUCACUAUCUCGUGUCGUGUCAAUUCAGAAGAGUGGUGCGGUGGCGAUAGCCAGAGUAGUGCACCGUCGUUGUUUGCUUCAUCCCUCCAUCCAUCUACCAUCGUUUACUCAUUUCUUCACUCCCCACUAAAGUUGGGUAACUUCAUUUUGAGCUCAUUAGCUCACCGGCGCAAGUUCUACAGGUACAGAGACAUGUCGGGUAGAAAAGAAACGGUUCUGGAUUUGGCAAAGUUCGUCGACAAAGGGGUUCAAGUCAAGCUUACCGGUGGCAGACAAGUGACAGGAACUCUGAAAGGAUAUGACCAAUUACUAAACCUUGUACUGGAUGAAGCUGUUGAGUUUCUAAGAGAUCCUGAUGAUCCACUGAAAACUACCGAUCAGACGAGAAGUCUUGGCUUAAUUGUUUGUAGGGGAACUGCUGUCAUGCUCGUGUCCCCAACAGACGGUACAGAUGAAAUUGCAAACCCUUUCAUUCAGCCUGAUGGGGCCUAGGUAUGAAAUGUUUGUAUGAAACACGUGACUAUUAUAGAUAUAUACUAAUCAAGCCUCUCAUCAUUAUGGUCAGCUUAUGUGUAAGAGGACUUUUUCUUUAGUGCGUUAAGUGGAUAGUGUUUGAUAAAAGUACAUUGCACUGUGUUAAUGAUUAAAGUUUAACUUGUGAGAUUUAGAAUGCAGUGUAGCUCCGCCUGUUUAAUUUCUUUAAGCUUUGAAUAGGUGUGUGUGUUAUUGACGUGAACGCAUUGCAUUCUGGCUGAUACAGGCCACUCGUUUAACCUGAACAUGAACUUCUUGAAAUAUAUACUGUUCUGUGAGUGAUGCAUUUUU